AUGACCAAUGAAGAUCAUGGUGAUAUUUGGUCUUUAUGUGGUAGCCCAGACUCUCAUAUGUUGAAAGGAUACCAAGGUAGUGUCUCCAUUACUCCUCCUAUACCUCGAACUGGCGAAGAUAUCAAUGUACAAAUCGGUGGUCAUUUAUUAUCCGACGUUACUGGUGGCAAAGCUAGUAUCAAUUUAACCUUGAUGAAUAUGAUCAAAAUCAAAAGGGAUUUGGAUUUAUGUACAAUACUAGCAUCUGAUGUCGUCAAGUCAAGUUGUCCACUGAAUGCAGGUGAUAUUAUACUGAAUGCAAAAGCAUAUAUUCCCAAGGACAUCCCAAAACUACCUUUGAAGGGUGAUAUCAAAAUCACGGAUCAACACGGACAUCCUGUUACUUGUAUUCACUUGGACUUUACUCUACAUUAA